AUGCCGGAGACCUCAAAAAUGAAUGGAUACGCAAAAACAAAUGGACACAGUUAUGAUAUGGAAGAUGGAUCACUAUUUUUGUUUACGUCGGAAUCUGUCGGCGAGGGUCAUCCAGAUAAAAUGUGCGAUCAAAUUAGCGAUGCUAUCUUAGACGCACAUUUAAGAGAGGACCCUAACGCAAAAGUAGCCUGUGAAACCGUGACUAAAACCGGGAUGGUAUUAUUAUGCGGUGAAAUCACAUCUAAAGCCAAUGUUGACUAUCAGAAGGUGGUCAGAGACACAGUAAAACACAUUGGAUAUGAUGACUCAUCCAAAGGAUUUGAUUACAAGACGUGCAGUGUGAUGCUUGCGCUGGAUCAACAGUCUCCAGAUAUCGCAGCCGGAGUGCAUGAGAACAGAAAUGAGGAUGAAGUAGGGGCAGGUGACCAGGGGCUUAUGUUUGGAUAUGCCACAGACGAAACUGAAGAAUGCAUGCCACUGACAGUUGUUCUGGCUCAUAAACUGAAUCAAAAAAUUGCAGAUCUCCGACGAAAUGGCGAGUUCUGGUGGGCACGUCCAGAUUCCAAGACCCAGGUGACGUGCGAGUACGUCUUCGCUGGAGGCGCAACAGUGCCACAGAGAGUACACACUGUCGUGGUUUCUCUUCAACAUUCUGAAAAGAUUACACUCGAGACCUUGCGGGAAGAGAUCAAGGAUAAGGUUAUCAAAGAAGUCAUUCCCGCCCACUAUCUGGAUGACAAGACCGUGAUUCACAUCAACCCAUGUGGCAACUUUAUCAUUGGUGGACCACAGUCGGACGCGGGUCUGACGGGGCGCAAGAUCAUCGUGGACACGUACGGCGGGUGGGGCGCUCACGGCGGGGGCGCGUUCUCGGGCAAGGACUUCACCAAGGUGGACCGCUCCGCCGCCUACGCCGCGCGUUGGGUCGCCAAGUCGCUCGUGCGCGCCGGGCUCUGUCGCCGCUGCAUGGUGCAGGUCGCGUACGCCAUCGGCGUUGCUGAGCCGCUAUCUAUCACAGUUUUUGACUAUGGGACUUCACAUAAGACCCAGCAGCAACUUCUCUCCAUUGUAAAGAAGAACUUUGAUCUACGACCAGGAAAAAUUGUCAAGGAAUUGAACUUGAGAGCACCCAUCUAUCAGAAAACCAGUACUUACGGCCACUUCGGACGAGAAGGAUUUCCGUGGGAGAAUCCCAAACCGCUUGUUGUAGAAUGA